AUGUCAGAACCCACUGAAGCAGCAGCAGUAGCACCUGUGCCAGCCGUCGAAGAGCAACAACAACAACAACAACAACAAGUAGAUACAAAAUCCAAUGCCUCAUUGAAAUGCCUUGUCAUUGAUACCAACGCCAUCAUCAACGGCAUGUCAUUGAGAAACAUGGCCGAAGAGUUCUACACUUGCCCCGAAGUAUUGUACGAGUUACGAAGUGCUCAUUCCAGAGAAUUCUUGUCUCGUUUGCCAUUCGAACUGAAGAUCUUGAAUCCUACCGAAGAAGCAAUGAAGUUUGUAACUGAAUUUUCGAAAAAGACUGGCGAUUAUGGUGUCUUGUCACAACCUGAUUUAAGAGUGCUUGCCCUUACAUAUACGUUGGAAAAGAGAGAGAAUGGCGAUGCUAACAUCCGCACAGAGCCUUUGACUUCUAGACCAAGUGGUGCUCUUCCUAGUGCGCCUCCACCCAUGUCAUACAUCAAGAGACCUCAAUUAGAAAAACAAGUAGAUGAAGAUGGCUGGGAGAUUGCAACCAAUACAAAGAGAGCACCUGCCAAGAAAUACAAUCAUACACCCAAGAAGAUUUUGCCUGUGGUCAAGAAGGAAGAGCCCAAGCAAGAGGAGAUCAAGGAGAAGGAGGAGGAGGAGGAGUCCAAGAAAGAGGAAGAGGCACUUGCUGAUGCAGUAAAGAAGGUGGAUAUCAACCAAGAUGAAAAGAAACUCGAGAUACCAUUGACAGAAGAAGAUGAUUCUGAUUCUGAUGGUGGAGAGUGGAUUACACCCGAUAAUGUGGAUGAAUACAAGGCAGCCGAGAUUGGUGUCACUGCUGACGAACUCAAGAAAAAGGCCAUCAUGGCCGUUGGAUGUAUGACGGCCGAUUUCGCCAUGCAAAAUGUCUUGUUGCAAAUGAACUUGAACCUGGUGUCUGCUGGUGGUUACAGAGUCAAGAAGAUCAGAAACUCUGUCAUGAGAUGUCAUGCUUGUUUCUUUGUCACCAAUGACCUGGAGAAGAAGUUUUGUCCUAAAUGUGGAAAUGCCACACUUCAGCGAGUGACAUGCAGCACCAACAGCAAAGGCGAGAUUGCUUAUCACUUGAAAAAGAACUUUCAAUACAGAUUGCGUGGCACAGUAUACGAUAUCCCACCUCCCAAGGGCGGCCGCAAAUCCAACAACAUUGUGUUGAGAGAGGAUCAACGUGAUUAUAUCAAGGCUACACAGAGGAAACAAAAGAAGAAUGUUGUGGACAUGUUUGACCCCGAUUUCAUCCCAUUGUACGGCAAAUUAGACACCAAGGAAGUAACCAACAACAUGUUUGGUACAGACACUAUUGGCUAUGGCCGCAAGAACCCCAAUGCAUCCAAAAAGAGAGUGGGCAAGAAGAAGAGAACACAUCACUUUUAA